CAACCCCGCUCGCCAAGUGGGUUAGCAACGAAAAGGCGAUUCCCUUCGAAACGGAUAAGCAUGGAAAUAAACAGUCUAUUUUCUGUAAUAACCCGCAUAAGGACUAGUUUUUAACUUGAUUGUCAAAUAAUACUUUGUGUCAAUUUCGUUAUAUGUUGAGAUCCAUAAUAUGGCAUCAACAGCGAAGAAACCGUCAGUAGGAGGAUCUCGGAGGAAAGGUGCCGCCAAAUUUGAACUUACAGAAGAGCAAAAAGCUGACAUCAAGGAGGCUUUCGAUCUUUUUGACCCCGAUGGUAGUGGCAAAAUCGCAACAAAAGAACUGAAAGUUGCAAUGAGAGCCCUCGGAUUUGAGCCAAAGAAGGAUGAAAUCAAGAAAUUAACCACCGCCGUCGAUCCUGAUGGUCUUGGGUCAUUAUCUUUUGAAGAAUUUCUCAGCGUUACAGCCACUAAAAUGUCCGAUAAGGACACGAAGGAUGAAGUUCUCAAGGCUUUUCGUUUAUUCGAUGACGACGACACCGGAAAAAUUACUUUUAAGAAUCUAAAAAGAGUCGCUAAAGAACUGGGAGAAAAUCUCACUGACGAAGAACUUCAGGAAAUGAUCGAGGAGGCAGACAGAGAUGGUGAUGGAGAAAUUUCUCAGGAAGAAUUUUUGCGAGUCAUGAAAAAAACUUGUUUGUAUUAAUAAAAAUACUUCAUAAUCAUCAGGUAACUAAGCCCUAUACAUUUUUAGGUUUCCAAUACGUUACUUUUUCGCGUGAUGACGUUUACGAAUUCCAAAUAUUUCAUUUUCACAACUUUAUCAAGAAACGAUUAAUUUAACAAAUUAGGCUUAAGUAUUAAUUUAUUACCACCGCAUACAUGAAUCUGAAACCUUCAAUAAAGUAUCAAUAUUUACGCAA